AUGGCUAAUACGAUAGAACUGGCACAGACAGGCAAAAGAGACUACUUGAUAUCCCUGGAGAAGAAAUACCAAGCACGAUGGAGAGAAGAACGCCUGUUCGAGACCGACGCGCCCUCGACAGAGGAGCUGCACGGUCUGUCUGCAUCUGAGAUCAGCGAAAAGCAUCCAAAGUGGUUCGGCAACUUUCCAUACCCGUACAUGAACGGAGCCUUGCACUUGGGUCAUGCCUUCACCAUCUCGAAAAUCGAGUUUUCCGCAGGAUACCAGCGUUUGUUGGGAAAGCGCGUUCUCUUUCCCCAUGGUUUGCAUGCAACGGGAAUGCCCAUCAAGGCAGCGGCAGACAAGGUACAACGAGCAGAAAAACCAAAACCAACAGAAAACGGCUCAGCAGCCUCCACCCCUGCCGUCGGUAAAGCAACUAAAGGAAAAGUCGCAGCCAAAGCCACCGGUCUGACCUAUCAAUUCCAAAUCAUGGAGUCGAUGGGCAUUCCUCGAUCAGAAGUCAAAAAGUUCGCCGAUCCCCGUUACUGGCUGUCUUACUUCCCUCCGAUCUGUGUCAACGACAACAAUGCCAUGGGCAACCGGAUAGACUUGGAGACGCUCCUGGGAAAAAUCAAAUUCGGUGAACGAUAUACCAUUUACAGUCCUAAAGACGGUCAACCAUGCAUGGAUCACGAUCGCUCCGAUGGUGAAGGCGUUGGUCCCCAGGAAUAUUUGGCGUUGAGAAUGGAAGAGGCCAUCGAAGGCAAAGUUGGCGGAAGAAAAGUGUACUUGGUUCCAGCUACGCUACGACCGGAGACGAUGUACGGCCAGACCAAUUGCUUUGUGGGUCCAAACAUCAAAUAUGGCGUCUUCGCCAUCAACGACACUGAAGCCUACGUUUGCACUUAUCGUGCAGCCCGCAACAUGACGUUCCAGGGAGUCUUCCCCGUGCGCGGUGACAUUCCGCAGUUGGUGGAAAUUGUUGGCUCGACCUUGGUUGGAACGAAAAUCAAAGCGCCCUUGGGUGUGAUUCCUGAGGUAUAUGUGCUGCCCAUGGAGAACGUCAAGGAUACCAAGGGCACUGGCGUUGUCACCUCCGUGCCCUCCGACUCUCCCGACGACUACACCACCACCUCCGACCUACGCAAGAAAGCCGAAUUCUACAAAGUCGACCCCAGAUGGCUGGACUUCGAACCCAUACCAGUCUUGAAGACCGACAAAUACGGAGACCUGACUGCAGUAGCGGUUUGCAAGGAACUAAAGAUCCAGUCGCAAAAGGACAUCAAGCAGCUGACCGAAGCCAAGGAAAUCGCGUAUAAGGAAGGCUUCUAUAAUGGUACCAUGGUCAUUGGAGACUUCAAGGGCGAGUCAGUUCAGGAAGCGAAACCUAAAGUGCGAGCACAGCUGAUCCAGAUGGGCUUGGCAUUCCCGUAUGCGGAGCCUGAGAGUAUGGUUAUCUCUCGUAGCGCAGACGAGUGUGUGGUCGCGCUGAUGGACCAGUGGUAUCUGGAUUACGGUGAACCCGUAUGGAGAGCACAAGCGGAGAAGCUACUGGCUAAGAUGAACACGUGGGGAUCGGAGACCCGUAAUCUGUUCGAGGCAACUUUGGCGUGGUUGAAUCAAUGGGCAUGUGCUCGGACAUAUGGACUGGGUUCGAAAAUGCCAUGGGACCCCCAAUUUUUGGUCGAGAGUUUGAGUGACUCGACGAUCUACAUGGCUUAUUAUACUGUUUCGCACUUGUUGCACGGUGGAGACGUCACCGGCCACACCAUCGGUCCUCUGGGCGUAACCCCAGAACAGAUGACUGACGAAGCAUGGGAAUACAUCUUCUGCAAUGGACCAUGGCCUAACCCAGAACCCUUUCCCAAAGAGAAAGCCGAUACCAUGAAACAUGAAUACAACUACUUCUACCCCUUCGACAUGCGUUCUUCAGGAAAAGACUUGGUGCAGAACAACCUGACGUUCUUGCUGUACAACCACGUCGCGAUUUUCCCCGAGGAUAAAUGGCCUUUGGGCAUUCGGACGAAUGGUCAUUUGAUGAUCAACGGUCAGAAGAUGUCGAAGAGUAAGGGGAACUCGAUGACGCUGAGAGAUGGUAUCGAGAAGUUCGGCGCCGACGCGAUGCGGUUGACGUUGGCAGAUGCUGGUGAUGGUGUUGAGGAUGCCAACUUUGACGAGAAGACUGCUAAUGCGAAUAUCUUGCGUUUGCAUACUUUGUUGGGUUGGUGCGAGGAGAUGUUGAAGGACGAUUCAAACUUGAGACAUGGAGCCAAGUCUUCGUACCAUGAUCGUGUCUUCGAGGAGGAAAUCAUCGACUUGAUCAACAUCACCAAAACACAUUACGAUGCAACCGCCUUCAAAGAUGCUCUGAAAUACGGCUUCUACGAACUACAAAACAUCCGUGAUUGGUAUCGCGAAGUGACUUCCGACGUCGGCAUGCACGCCGACCUGGUCAAAUACUGGAUCCGCGUGUCUGCGUUGCUGGUGACCCCCAUCGCACCUCACUUUGCGGAACACAUAUGGACUGAGUUCCUGAGGGAACCCAAAUCUAUCCAGUUGGCUCUGUGGCCUGAUCCAGGUCGCCCAGCCGACCGCGCAGUCAUCGAAGCAGGCGUCUACAUGCGCGGCACAUUGAAGAUGAUUCGGGACGCCGAAACGACGCUGUUGAAGAAGAUGCAAAAGGGAAAGAAGGGCAAAGGGGACGGACCGUCGUUCGAUCCUAAACUUCCCAAGAGCGUUCGUAUUUAUGUCGCUUCGCGAUUCCCGGAGUGGCAAGAUGUUUGUGUGCAAGCGAUCAAAGACUCGUAUUCGGUGGAGACGGAUAAAGUGGACGAUGUUAAAGUCAGAACUAUCCUGACGGAGAACGGAAUGAUCAAAGAUAAGCGUGCGAUGCCAUUCGUCCAGGCUUUCAAGAAACGAAUGUCCGAGAUUGGUGCUACCAACGCGUUCCGACGGACCUUGCCAUUCUCAGAGUCACAGAUCUUGGCUGAAUUCUUGUCUUACCUGAAGAAAUCUUUGAAUCUAGUGGAUGCGGAGGUCUUUUCGGUAGAGGAGGCGUUGCAAAGACAAGGUCAACCUGGGUUUACACCUGUUAUCAUCGAAACAUCGGAGCCGGGCAGUCCAGCUUUCGAGUAUCGCAAUGUAUAG